CUAAUUUCCAGCACUACGCUGAUUCAAAAGCUGGCUGGGACUUGACCGCGGCAGUGAUUUCAAUUCAUUUCAAUUAUACCCCCUUCUUCACAAGACAACACAAACACGCCACAAUGAUCUGCCAACGGUGCCGCACCGGUAUCUUGUCCCGGCUACAGCAGCCCCAGACCGUUACGCUGUCUAUCCCGUCACGCGCACGCCAGUUUCCCAUUCAGCGAAGCCAAUUCCGCAACUACAGUGAUGGAAAGCCUACCGUAUCGUCUACUCCCCCUCCGCCCACCCCUCGUCAGCCUGCCGGUGCUGAUAUCACAAUCCCGUCGGCUGUGUCGUCCGCCACCCCUGGCGUGUCCCAACCGUUGAGCACCCCGGAGGGUGUUCACGCUGAUGUCAACCCCGAGAAGCCCAAGAAGGCUGCUGUGGAACGUCCCCCGAGCUCUUGCGCUGCUGGCCAGAAGAUGAACGGACUGAACUACUUUAAGAACAAGCCCGACGUUGUGGCCCUGGAGGAUGCGGAAUACCCCGAAUGGCUGUGGUCGUUGUUGGAUGACUCCAAGAAGAACAAGACCGCAACGGGCGGUGUUGACCCGAGCACCUUGAACAAGAAGCAGCGCAAGCGCUACGAGAAGAAGAUGGCCGCCCGUGCCGCGACCCUGCCUCCCCAGAUUCCCAUCCACCAUCACGCUACCGAUAUUACCCCUGCUGCAUACAACGCCGAUGCUAUCCCCGCGGAUGUGCUCGAAGCGGCUGCCGAGAGUCUCGACAAGCGUACCGAAAUCAGACGGAGUGCCAGAGAGGCGCGGAGAAAGGGUAUCCGGGAGGACAACUUCUUGCGCGGUCUCUAAAUUCUAUGCAGAAAUUUGCGAUUCGCUUGGGGGGAGGUCUUUGCUGGAUGGGGUUGCAACAUGUUAGCUAUGUACAGUGGUGGUGGCUGACGAAUGUAGGAAUGCUUUUGUGGGAUAUGUUCAAUGUAUUCUAUGCGACUUGUACUCAUAUUGAUUCACCAGAUCAGGCGCUGAAUGGACUUUACUUUCGAC